AUGACUGCACCUUGCAUUCAAAAAGAUAUAGCUAAUGCAAUUGCAAGUGAGGUAACUCAAAUAAUAAUCAAUGAUCUUGGUGAAGAAUUAUUUGGAAUAAUAGUUGAUGAGUCGAGAGAUAUAUCAGUUAAGGAGCAUAUGAUUGUGUUUAUUCGGUAUGUGGAUUCAAGUGGGCAUAUUGUUGAGCGUCUUCUUGGCAUUACUCAUGUUUGUGACACUACUUCUAUGUCUCUUAAAGUAGCCAUUGAAGAUCUUCUAACAAGGCAUAGAUUAAGCAUUUCAAGAAUAAGAGGCCAGGGCUAUGAUGGAGCAAGUAAUAUGCGAGGAAUUACCAAUGAUUUGUUACAGGCACUACAAAAGAAAGAUCAAAACAUUGUGAAUGCCAUGAGACUAGUUGAUAUCUCAAAAAAAAGAUUGCAAAUGAUGAGAGAUGAUGGGUGGGAAGCUCUUUUACAAGAAGUUUCACUCUUUUGCAACAAGCAUUCAAUUCCCAUACCUAAUUUGGAUGAAGUUUAUGUAGUUCCAGGAAGACCUCGCCGUAAAGCUGAAGAAAUGACUCAUCUUCAUAGGUACCGUGUUGAAAGGUUUUAUGCGGUUUUAGAUCUACAACUCCAGGAGUUAAACAAUCGUUUCAAUGAAAAGAAUACAGAGUUGCUCUUAUGCGUGACAUGUUUUGAUCUAAAGAAUUCAUUUGCUAGGUUUGAUAAGGAUAAAUUAGUUCAAUUGGCAUAG